GAGAGACAGAGAUGUAUAUGAAAUGAAGGAACAAGAGAUAAAAAAAAACAAGAAAAAAGAUUUGGGGAUUGAUUUUGGAAUAUGGAUGAGGUGGAAACGGAAAUGACUGGUCAUCACUUAAGAAAGGAAAGCAAAGGCAACACAGAGACAGAGGUCUUUUACUAAUUUUUGUUUUUGGGUUAUUCAAUUUUCUUGGAAAAAGCGAUGCCCCCAGAAUCUUGCCACAAAUCUUUCACACUUUGAUCAGAAAAAGAAAAAGAAAAAGAAAAAGAAAAAGAAAAACCAGCCCACCCCCUACAAAUAAAUACCACCCUCUAGCGCACACACUUGUCACUACAAAGCUAAGCUAAUAACUCCACAAUGGUGCGUGUCAAAGAAGCUGUGGUAAUAACCCCAUCGGAGCCCACACCCAACACUAUCCUCCAACUCUCCGCUUUAGACUCACAACUCUUUCUGCGCUUCACCAUAGAGUAUCUCCUCGUUUACAGGCCCGCUCCGGGAAUGGACCGGGCCUCCACCACGGCCCGUUUGAAAGCCGCAUUAGCCAAAGCGCUCGUUCCUUAUUACCCAUUCGCCGGGAGAGUGCGGGCCCGCUCCGAGGGGCCGGGCCUCGAGGUUCUCUGCCGGGCCCAGGGCGCCGUCUUCAUCGAAGCCUCCUCAGACCGCUACACCGUCAACGAUUUCCACAAGGCCCCCAAAACCGUUACGCAAUGGAGAAGUCUCUUGUCGCUCUACGUCACCGACGUUCUCAAAGGCUCGCCGGUUCUUGUUUUUCAGCUGACGUGGCUGGCCGACGGGGCCGCCGCCGUCGGCGUCGGGAUCAACCACUGCAUCUGCGACGGCAUCGGCAGCGCGGAGUUUCUGAAUCACCUCUCCGAUUUGGCCUCCGGGAAGCGCGAUCUGAAACCGAAGGCGGUUUGGGAUCGGCACCUUCUGAAUCAAAACGGGACUCGGGCGAACCCGGCUCGUCACCCCGAGUUCGCGCGGGUUCCGGAUCUAUGCGGGUUCAUGAACCGGGUGACGAGCGGGCUUAAACCGACUUGCAUUGUGUUGGACGAGAGACGCAUCGAGGCGCUUAAAAGCGCGUGCGGAGGAGGAACAUCGUUCGAGGUUGUGGCUGCGCACGUGUGGAGGAGUUGGGCUCGGGCGUUGGGGUUUCCGAGGAACCAGACGGUGAAGCUUCUGUUCAGCGUGAACGUGCGGAAGCGCGUGAAGCCGGGAUUACCGGAGGGGUAUUAUGGGAACGCGUUUGUGUUGGGGUGCGCGCAGAGCAGCGCGUGGGAGUUGGGGGAGAGAGGGGUGGGGUUCGGGUGGGGUCUGGUGAAGCGUGCGAAGGAGAGGGUGGACAGCGAGCACGUGCGGAGCGUGGUUGAGUUGGUGUCGGAGUCGAGGGCGAGUCCUGAGCCGGUGGGCGUGUUGAUUCUGUCGCAGUGGUCGAGGCUUGGUUUGGAGAGUGUCGAAAUGGGAAUGGGAAUGGGGAAGGCUGUGCAUGUGGGUCCCAUUUGCUCUGAUAGGUACUGUUUGUUUCUCCCAGUCACCGCUGAACGCCACAGCGUUAAGGUCGUCCUCGCUGUUCCCUCCCUCGCCGUUUACAAUUUUCACCGCUUUCUCCGCCAAUCCCAUUCCUAGCUUCUCUAAUUAUCUUUCACUUCCAUCUUCCACAUAAAUAAUAACAACCAACUAAUUCCUAAC